AGCAAGUCUUCCACCAGUUCAUAUUGAAGUUUGUCUAAAACAACAAAGUACUGUCAAACCUAAACUUAUUCAAGAUGCUGUACAUGAGAUGAUUAUCAAUAGGAGGCCAAUUAUACAGGACGGAAUCAUUCCAAUACAAUUAUCUUCAUUAUCUUCCGAGAAUAAUCAACAACACCAACUUUCGGAAAGGGAAGAAUUAAUUGUAAAACAUGUUAAACAAAUUAAAAUUGUGGAUUUGGAACAACAUCCAGCCUACAAUGGACCAAUUCUAUUUAACCAAGACGUAACUUUUAUAAUUCAUGUUUUUAAAUCUACUGAUGAAGAACCAAUAGAGGAAACAACAGAUGAGGGAGGUGAUGUUGAAGAGGUUACUGCUUGUAAACAAUCGACACUUCCUAAUGAUUCAUUUGAUGGAUUGUGGGAAAGUUUGAUUUUUGAUGAAAAUGUAAAAUAUAAUUUAUUGGAAUAUGCUGCAACAACAAUGCGUUUUUCUGAUUUGGGUGUUGACCAAAAUUUAAUUAGUUGGAAUAGAGUUGUGUUACUCUAUGGACCUCCAGGAACAGGAAAGACAUCUUUAUGUAAAGGAUUGGCCCAGAAACUGGCAAUUAGAAUGUCACACAGAUAUCCAUCAGGAGGUACAUUAAUAGAAAUUAAUUCACACAGUUUAUUCUCAAAAUGGUUUAGUGAAAGUGGAAAACUAGUAAUGAAAUUAUUCAAGAAAAUAUUCGAAAUUGUAGAAGAUGAGGAAUCAUUUGUAUGUGUUUUGAUGGACGAAGUUGAAUCACUGACGGCUGCCAGAAAGAGUGCUCUUUCAGGAAGUGAGCCUUCAGAUAGUAUCAGAGUUGUAAAUGCUCUAUUAACACAAUUGGAUCAAUUGAAGAGGUAUAAGAAUGUCCUCAUUUUAACAACAUCAAACAUUACAGAGGCAAUUGAUUUGGCAUUUGUUGAUCGAGCAGAUAUUAAGCAAUAUAUUGGACCACCUUCCGCUAAGGGAAGAUAUUCAAUUUUGAGAUCAUGCCUUGUAGAGUUGAUGAGAGUUUCAGUUAUCAAACCAAAUGUAAUAAUACCAAAAUGGACAGAUAAGGAGGCACCAGAAAAUUCCUAUGCAUUAAAGCUGAAAGAAAUUGCAGAGAGUUGUGAGGGUUUGAGUGGAAGAUCUCUGAGAAAACUUCCAUUCCUUUCUCAUGCUUUCUAUCUUAAUCACAUUAAUGGCUCUGUAGAUUUGUCUCAAUAUUUGAAUGCUAUCGAUACUGCCAUCAAGAAUAAGAUUUUAAAUUUGAGUGGCGAUUAAACUUGUUCAGUUAGU